AUUCUUAGAACUCAACUCACUCACACAUAAACCAAAGCGUUUUAACCCAAAUCACAAAGUCUUAAAGUCUCUUUGAUUAAAUGGACUCUUAUGCGAUGUCUCUCCAAUCCAUCUCCAUGACAACUCUCAACAAUCUCUCCUAUAACCACCAAUCUCAUCGUACCUCUCUUCUCGGUUUCUCUAAACACUUCAAGAAUCUUGGGAUCUUAUCCAACGGUCCAGGUUUCUCCUCUCGUUCAACUUUCACUCCCAAGAACCUCACUCUGUCUCGUGCUCUCUCCCAGAACGGAAAUAUCGAAAACUCCAGACCAAGUAGAAUUCAAGAACUGAGCGUGUACGAGCUCAACGAACUAGACCGACACAGCCCAAAGAUCCUGAAAAAUGCCAUGAGCCUAACGUUCGCUCUGGGCGAUCUCGUCCCAUUCACCAACAAACUCUACACCGGCGACCUCAAGAAGCGCGUGGGAAUCACCGCGGGACUCUGCGUCGUCAUCGAACACGUCCCGGAGAAGAACGGUGACCGGUUCGAAGCCACUUACAGCUUCUACUUUGGCGACUACGGUCACUUGUCCGUACAAGGACCGUACCUGACGUAUGAGGACUCGUUCCUCGCCAUCACUGGUGGCACUGGAAUAUUCGAAGGUGCUUACGGACAGGUCAAGCUUCAACAGCUUGUGUAUCCGACAAAACUGUUCUACACUUUUUACCUUAAGGGUCUUGCUGGUGAUUUGCCGAGUGAGCUCACCGGAACUCCGGUUCCUCCGUCCAAGGACGUGAGGCCUGCGCCGGAAGCUAAGGCAUUGGAGCCUAGCGGAGUUAUUAGUAACUAUACUUAUUAAAUUCAGUAUGCUUCUUGUGUCUUUGUAUACUGAAAUACUAUUCUUUUUAAUAAAGAACAAUAGCAAGUUACAACUUACAA